UUCUAUAUAUAUAUAUAUAAACUCAAGAAUAUACAUACAUACAUACAUGAAUCAUUCAUUCAUUCAUUAUUCUCUUCCAAUUCAAACUGAACUUCUCUCUUCUCCUUUCUCCUCCUAAUCGCCAUUAAUGGGUACUGAAGCUCCCUCUCGCACCAGUAAUAAUGAAUUGGACACAAGAACAGCGAAAGAGAAGGCCAUUGAUGACUGGCUGCCAAUUACAUCAUCAAGAAAUGCUAAAUGGUGGUACUCUGCCUUCCACAACGUCACCGCCAUGGUUGGCGCCGGAGUUCUCAGUCUUCCUUUCGCCAUGUCUGAACUUGGCUGGGGACCUGGAGUGGCCGUUCUUGUUAUUUCGUGGGUAGUAACACUUUACACUCUAUGGCAAAUGGUAGAGAUGCAUGAAAUGGUCCCGGGAAAAAGAUUCGAUAGGUAUCACGAGUUAGGGCAGCACGCUUUCGGGGAGAAACUUGGGCUCUGGAUCGUCGUGCCACAACAAUUGAUCGUGGAAGUUGGUGUUAACAUAGUCUACAUGGUAACGGGAGGCAAGUCCCUUAAAAAAUUCCAUGACUUGGUUUGUGGCAAAAAUUCAACUACGGGAGUAUUUAGCAACAAGAGUUGUCACAACAUUAGACAAACUUAUUUCAUCAUGAUCUUCGCCUCGGUCCACUUUGUUCUAUCGCACCUCCCGAAUUUCAAUUCCAUCUCCGGAGUCUCCUUAGCCGCCGCAGUUAUGUCCUUGAGCUAUUCCACCAUUGCAUGGGCGACUUCUCUCCACAAGGGAGUGGUUGAAAAUGUGGAAUACGGAUACAAAGCUACUACCAAAGUUGGGACGGUUUUCAACUUCUUCAGUGCUUUGGGUGAUGUGGCAUUCGCUUACGCAGGUCACAAUGUAGUCCUCGAGAUUCAGGCUACAAUCCCUUCCACACCCGAGAAGCCUUCAAAAGGACCGAUGUGGAAAGGUGUUAUCGUAGCCUAUAUCGUGGUGGCUUUGUGUUACUUCCCCGUAGCCUUGAUUGGAUAUUAUACAUUUGGAAACACUGUUGAAGACAAUAUCCUUCUCACUUUAGAGAAUCCUACUUGGCUUAUUGCCAUGGCCAACCUCUUUGUUGUCAUUCAUGUUAUUGGGAGUUACCAAAUAUAUGCUAUGCCCGUUUUCGAUAUGAUUGAGACCGUCCUUGUGAAGAAGCUCAAUUUCAAACCGAGUUUCUGGCUACGUUUCAUUUCGCGUAACACUUACGUGGCUUUCACAAUGUUUAUUGGCAUGAUGAUUCCUUUCUUCGGUGGUUUGUUGGGUUUCUUUGGAGGAUUUGCUUUCGCCCCAACAACUUACUUUUUGCCUUGCAUCAUGUGGCUGUCAAUCUACAAACCAAAAAAGUUUAGCUUGUCAUGGAUCACAAACUGGAUAUGCAUAAUACUAGGAGUCAUGUUGAUGAUAGUGUCACCAAUUGGAGGGCUGAGGCAGAUCAUACUUUCAGCAAAGGAUUACAAGUUAUUCUCUUAAAUAGUGACAUUGGCUUACUAAUGGUCAAUUAUUGUUUUUCAUUUGUUACUAUAUUAUUAUUAUUAUUAUACAAGUAAAAAAGAUAUUUGUGUACGGUUAGUUUGGAAUUUGUGAAACUUCAAAAUCAUUUCAAAGACAUCACCACCAUGUGUUUCUUCCUUGAUAUAUAUUGCCAUUAGUAUUAUAUUUCUCAUUUGUAUUUAUCCAGCAUGAAAUAUAAAGUCAGCUAUUCAAUU